UUCAAUAGCAGCAACCUUUGAGCCACAGUGAACAAGAUGUGUGAGGGAGCAGAGUAAGUUACUGAGAAAAAAAGGGUCACGUGAUGUAGCAGCAGCACAGAGCUCAGCUGAAGUGUUUCAUUAACAGACUAACAACUAAACAGAACAACACGCUGAGAGUGAAACAUGUCUGAGGGAGCAGAGCUGCUGCUGCAGCUCAAACAGAGACUCUGUCGCUCCAUAGACGAAGCCGAAGCGAAGCUGCACAGCCUCAGUCAGGACAUCUGGAGCUGUCCGGAGCUGGCUUACCAGGAGAACAAGGCUCACAGCAGACUGGUGGAGUUCUUCAGUCAGGAGGAAGGCUGGAAGGUGGACGCUCACUUCAAGCUGCAGACUGCGUUUCGAGCAUGUUGGUCAACCAAAGGCAGCGAGCAGAAAGACGUGGUCUCUGUGGGCUUCCUGUGUGAGUACGACGCCCUGCCUGGUAUUGGACACGCAUGUGGACACAACCUGAUAGCUGAGGUUGGAGCUGCUGCGGCUGUGGGGCUCAAAGCGGUGCUGGAAAACACACACAAGCUGCCUGUCUGGGUGGAGGUGACGGUUCUGGGAACUCCAGCUGAAGAGGAUGGGGGAGGUAAAAUUGACAUGUUAAGGAAGGGAGCAUUUGAAGGUUUGGAUGUGGUGUUUAUGGCCCAUCCGUCAAAAGAGGACGCCACAUACCUGCCCUGUGUGGCUGAGCAUGAUGUAACUAUAAAGUAUCACGGUAAAGCGUCUCAUGCCUCUGCCUACCCCUGGGAGGGAAUCAAUGCGUUGGAUGCAGCGGUGCUCUGCUACAACAACCUGUCUGCACUCAGACAGCAGAUGAAGCCAGACUGGAGAGUUCAUGGAAUCAUAAAGCAUGGAGGAGUGAAACCAAACAUCAUCCCUGCCUACACGGAGCUGGAGUACUAUCUGAGAACCCCGUCGAGAGCUGAGCUUCCUGUCUUGAAGGAAAAAGCCGAGAGGUGCUUCAGAUCAGCUGCCGUGGCAACCGGCUGUGAGGUUGAAGUAGAGUUUGCAAGAAAUCAGUAUGACAACAUGCUCCGUAUUGCAACACUAGAGGAGCUGUAUGAGAUGAAUGGCAAAGCUCUGGGGAUGGACUUCACUACAGAUGAAGAUGUUCUCAAAAAUGAAUCUGGUCUGUGUGAAUCCUGUGUGUCUGUCAAACAACGCUUGUACAUCAGAAUGUUGUAUGGAUACUUGUGUUUUUCUUCUUCUAAACUUCUCUCUUCUUUUUUAUCCUCAGGCUCUACAGACUUUGGCAAUGUGACGUUUGUAGCCCCUGGCAUCCAUCCAUACUUCUACAUUGGUUCUAAUGCUCUGAACCACACAGAGGAGUAUACUGUCGCUGCUGGUGAUGAUAAAGCUCAGUUCUUCACUCUGAGGACGGCCAAGGCUCUGGCCAUGACGGCUCUGGAUGUGCUGCUGCGUCCAGAGCUGUUCCGGAAGAUGAAGCAGGAGUUUACUGAGGCAAAACUGAAGGAUGAACAGAAUGCAGAGCAGUUUGCAAAAAACUUAAAAAUUUAAUGCAGGUGGAGGAGCUGCUGCUGCACUGACUGCCAUUCAGACUUAUGGAGACUCUCUGCAGUCAAGAACACUAUGAAGAACACUCUGCUGUGCAAAGAAAUGCUGAUAGAUUUUAGGUGGUAUCUUUCUUUAUUAAUCACAAUGUCUCAGUUCAGUUGGUUUUUGUUUUGUUAUUUUCUAUCUGUGCACUAAAUGUUUCCAUCUCUUUUUGUUGCAGUCGAGCCAAACACUCUAACACUCUUUCUAUAAA